AUCCUCUGCGACUUAAAUUUCACGCAGCUCUUAACAUCGCGCCUUCUAUACUCUCUUUUUUUUCAUUUCAUACAAACAAAUAUCUCCGCCGCUUCUCCCCCUUCUCUCUCUACAACCAUUUCCAUACCCUAGAUUCUCUCUCUAGUUUUUUAUCUCAUUAAUGGCGAAGAGAAAGAUCGCUCAGAGAAGAAUGGCUGCGAAAAAAGCUGAUGAUGUUAAGGACAAUGCCGUCGAAGAAGAAAAAGUAGAUGCAAAGUCCGAGGGAGAAGAACAAGCUGAGAAAAAGCAGGUUGAAAAAGAAAAGAAGGAAACUAAGAAAGUCACUAGAAAACCUAGGAAGCGCAUCAAGCCUGAUUCUGAACCAGAGUACUUCGAGGAUCAGCGUAAUUUGGAGGACUUGUGGAAAGAGGUAUUUCCCGUUGGUACAGAGUGGGAUCAAAUGCACUUGGUUUACGAACAUAAGUGGAAUUUUACAAAUUUAGAGAAUGCCUUUGAGGAGGGUGGAGUACUACAUGGCAAGAGAGUAUACAUGUUUGGGUGCACAGAACCUCAAAUGGUGCCUUUUAAGGAUGAGAUGAAAAUAAUCCAAGUACCUGUCGUGGUUGCGGUUGUCUCGCCAUUUCCUCCUUCUGAUAAAAUUGGCAUCAACUCAGUUCAAAGAGAGGCUGAAGAUAUAAUUCCCAUGAAGCGCAUGAAGAUGGACUGGGUCCCAUAUGUUCCUUUAGAGAAAAGGGACACUAUGGCAGAGAGGUUGAAAUCAGAGAUAUUUAUCUUGAAAUGUACUCAAAGAAGGUCCGCAUUAAGACAUUUGAAGGAAGAACGUUUCAAGGCGUAUGAGUAUUGUUUGCCUUAUUUCUACCAACCCUUCAAUGAAGACGAACUUGAACAAAGUACUGUUGUGACUAUUGUUUAUGAAAUGGAUCCGAAGCCUGUAUUUUGUGAAUUUGAUUGGGAGUUUGAUGAAGUUGAGGAAUUUACUGAUAAGCUUAUUGAAGAAGAGGAACUUCCACCAGAUCAAAAGGAGAAAUUCAAGGAAUAUGUUAAAGAGAAAGUACGGGAAGGUAAAAAGGCAAAUCGUGAGGCAAGGGAAGCUCGUAAAAAAGCUUUAGAGGAGAUGAGUGAGGAAACAAAAGCAGCGUUUCAAAAUAUGAGAUUCUACAAGUUCUAUCCUGUGGCUACACCUGAUGCUCCUGACCUAUCAGGAGUGAAGGAACGUUUCAUUAACAGGUAUUACGGGAAGGCUCACGAAAUCUUUUGAUGGAUGUCUCCUGGUCGAAAGUGAAUAGCAACAGUUAAAAUUCACUAUCACCAGCAUCUUAGGAUUGCCCUUGCUAGUAGCUAUGGCUAUUAGCUUGUAACGUUGACAGUUUAGAAUAUUUUAGUGGGGGCACAACCUCAGUUGCUUGCUACGCAAUCGCAACAAAAGUUAGUGACUCGAAAUGGAUAGUGGCUGGCUGGUGGGUGAUAUUGUAAUUGUUUUAUUUCUUUUGUCUUAUUUAUUUUGCUACAGAAAUUCGUGGGACCGAGUACAUGUUGAGAAAUUCUAUGCUAGAGGUCCAAAUUUUGGAAAUGAAGCUAGAUCUGUUCUUAUUUGGU